GAGACUCUGAUUGGCUGGGCAGAUGGGUGGGUGAGUUCCCUCUCCCCAGAGCCAUCGGCCAGGUACCAAAGCUCAACCGUAUGGAUUCCCAACAGGAGGACCUGCGCUUCCCUGGGAUGUGGAUCUCAUUGUACUUUGGAAUCCUGGGGCUGUGUUCUGUGGCAACUGGAGGGUGCAUUAUCUUUCUGCACUGGAGGAAGAACUUGAGGCGGCAAGAGCGUGCCCAGCAGUGGGUGGAGGUGAUGAGAGCUGCCACAUUCACCUACAGCCCAUUGUUGUACUGGAUUAACAAGCGACGGCGCUACGGCAUGAAUGCAGCCAUCAACACGGGCCCUCCCCCUGCUGUCACCAAGACUGAGACUGAGGUCCAGAAUCCAGAUGUUCCGUGGGAGUUGGACAUCCCCGAAGGCAGGAGCUACGCUGACCAAGACAGCAACCCCAAGGUGGAAAGCCCUGCUCCCUUGCAACCUGCACUGCAGCUGGCUCCACAGCAGCCCCAGGCCAGCUCCCCAUUCCCACUUCCCAUCUUUCAGGAGGUGCCCUUUGCCCCACCCUUGUGCAACCUACCCCCCGUGCUGAACCACUCUGUCUCCUAUCCUUUGGCCACCUGUCCUGAAAGGAAUGUUCUCUUCCAUUCCCUCCCGAAUUUGGCCCAGGAAGACCAUAGCUUCAAUGCCAAGCCUUUUGCUUCAGAAUUGUAGCCUCCUCUCACUGAGGGUAGGAGCUGCAGGAAUCAGGUGCAGAGUAGGAAAUGGAACUAACCUCAGGAAGGCGGUAUUGACAGAGGUCAGGACCCACCUGGAUGUCAUGCUAUGAAAUAUUAAAA